UUAGGUUCGUUUUGGGUUUUGUUUGUUUGUUUUAUAACUUAAGCAUGCAGACUGGUCUCUCUUUGAUGUGAUUGGGAUGGAAAACCAAAUGACUUGCUACGAAGCACAAAUACUGCCAAAACUGAAGGUAACUAGGAAGCUUAUUGAAGAGAUCUACUGUUCUCCUUUGUCACCCAGACUUGAACCAGUGAAGCUCAAACCAAAUCGGUUAUUUACACCAGUGCAGUAUGGACAGAAACUUGAAGGUAGGACUAGAGACUUCUCCAGGUCUCAAUUGCAGCAGACACCGGACACAACAACAGUUGCAGCUGAUCAUCAUGAGAAAAUACAAAGACGACAACCCCAUGCCAUGUUUUUAGAAAAUCAGCAUAGGAAAGCCAGCAAGAUAGUACUCGGCCCAAUGGCUUCCACAGCUGGAGCACAAAUGAGAGUUGCUCAGACAGAGAAGUCCGUAAUGUUACAGUUUAGAGAGAAAACACUUACUUUGUCUUACAGUCAAUUCUGUCGGCUUAUUGGUGGACAGUCUCUGAAGUACCAAGAGUGA